GGCAUGGAGGCAGCGAGGAAAGGAGACUGGCUUAGUCUAGUGGCCAGUUUUGCUGGCUGAGGAGGGGUCUGGCAGCAGGGGGGCUCGUGGCAUCCCGGGGAACAGGGAAGGGCCUCCUUACCCGCCCCUGGCACGCACCACACCGGGCAGUGUCCGGAGAAGGGACAGGAGCAGGUGGCAGGUGGCAGCAGCAAGGCCGUCUCCAACUCCAAGAAAGCCGGAGAUGGGUUUUCUGGCUUGGUUGGGGGACAGAGAAAGCAGUUAUUUGGAUUGAAAACUGUGGAUUUUGAACAGAGAAGUGACUUAGAGACUGGCUUUUCCCUCCUACUAGAGGCCACUCCAGAAGGAAGAAAGGACUUGCACGGGGAAAACUCUCGGCCUUUUGACCUUUUGUUCGUGUGCUCGGGAGUCAGGCGACACGGGCCGGUUGAGAGCACAGGGAUGUGAUAAGGCAGCGCGAAAUGUUUGCUGAAGUCUGGAAGCUCACUCAGACAGAACACAAGGAAGAAUUUGGGAGCUCAAGUUCAUGACGAUCAUGGGGACAUUCAUCCAAAAAAUAUUUUCAAGUGAGAGAGGUGUUGAAAGAUGAAAUGGGCCCAGCUCUGGUGGGGUUUGUGUGUGGCCGGAGGGUCAGCGUCUGACUGUCUUCAAGGUCUCCUUGAACUUUCCAAAUACCCAGCACUGCCUGAUGCUGUUGGUAAAAUCAGGAUGGCUUUAAACUCAGGGCCAUCACCAGAUGUUGGACCUUACUACGAAAACCAUGGGUACCAACCAGAAAACUUCUACCCCCCGCUGCCCCCCGGGGCUCCCAGUGCCUAUCCAGCGUACCCGGAUGUCUACUACCCGUCCCCGGUACCCCAGUACGCCCCGAGGGUAGUAACGCACGUUUCGACACCCGUCGUCCACCUGCAGCCCAAAUGCUCGUCGGGGCCGGUGUGCUCCUCAAGGUCUAAGAAGGUGCUCUGCCUCACCUUCGCCCUGGGGGCCGUCCUCGCUGGAGCCGCCGCCACCGCCGUCCUGCUCUGGAAGUUCAUGGAGAGCCAGUGCUCGGUCUCGGGGAUUGAGUGUGGCUCCUCGGGGACCUGCAUCAGCCCCUCGCACUGGUGUGACGGAAUAUCGCACUGCCCCAGCGGCGAGGACGAGAACCGCUGCGUUCGUCUCUACGGACCCAGCUUCAUCCUGCAGGUCUACUCCUCGCAGAGGAAGUCCUGGCACCCCGUGUGCCGCGACGCCUGGAACGACAACUACGGGCGGGCGGUGUGCAGAGACAUGGGCUACACGAGCAGCUUUUAUUCCAGCCAAGGAGUGGUGGAUGACACUGGUGCGACAAGCUUCAUGAGGCUCAACAGCAGCGCCGGGAACGUCGACUUCUACAAGAAACUCUACCACAGUGAUUUCUGCUCUUCAAAAACAGUGGUUGCUUUACGCUGUAUAGAUUGUGGGGUCACCACCCAGAACAGCAUCCAGAACCGCAUCGUGGGCGGGAACAGUGCGGCCCCCGGGGACUGGCCCUGGCAGGUCAGCCUGCACGUCCAGGGCGUCCACGUCUGCGGGGGCUCCAUCGUCACCGCCGAGUGGAUCGUGACGGCCGCCCACUGCGUGGAAGCGCCUCUUUCCAACCCACGGUACUGGACGGCCUUUGCGGGAAUUUUGCAGCAAUCGUACAUGUUCUAUGGGAGCGGAUACAAAAUCGAAAAAGUCAUUUCUCACCCGAGCUACGACUCCAAGACCAAGAACAACGACAUCGCGCUCAUGAAGCUGCAGGUGCCCCUCACGUUUACUGACAAGAUAAGACCGGUGUGUCUACCCAACCCAGGCCUGAAGCUGGAGCCGACACAGCCGUGCUGGAUUUCCGGGUGGGGGUCCACGUAUGAGAAAGGGAAAACCUCAGUCGUGCUGAACGCUGCCAUGGUGACACUGAUCGAGCCCUUGAGUUGCAACAGCAGAUCCGUCUACAACAACCUCAUCACGCCUGCCAUGGUCUGCGCUGGCUACCUGGAGGGAAACAUUGAUUCCUGCCAGGGUGACAGCGGAGGGCCUCUCGUCACUCUGAAGAGCAGCGUCUGGUGGCUGAUUGGGGUUACAAGUUGGGGAUCUGGCUGUGCCAAGCCUAACAGACCAGGGGUCUACGGCAACGUGACAGUAUUCACAGACUGGAUUUACCGGCAAAUGAGGGCAAACAGCUGAUCCGGAUGUCGUGUGUCCCUGAAGCCACUCUACCAGAAAAUGAAGGGGCAGAUUGUCCGUUCCCUCUGCAUUAUGUGUUUUUAGAUAUGAUUCAACGGUCCUUUUGUUUUUAUUAAAUAAUGUACUUCUCUGACUUCGGCACUUUCCGCAGUUCUGUGCUGGCCACACUUGCUCCCCACUGGGCCACUGGCCUGGCGUGGCUCGGCGGCCCUCAUGCCCUGCCCGAAAGGGGUGACCAGGCCUGGCUGGACGUGGGAUCCUGGGGCCAAGCACGGCAGGGCCAAUGGGGCAGCGGAGAGAGGCUGCCUCACCGGGUCCUUCCUUCCCACGAACUUGGAGACGACUCCUCUCGGCUGCUGGACUGCUGGCGAUGGGAAGAGAAAUGGACACACCAGAGAAACCAGGGGUGCCCGCAGGCCUCUCCCACCAGGGGUACUUGCUGACCAUUUCCUAGUGCCUUCUUAGCAGCCCUGGACGGUGGCUGGAAAUAAAGGGACCAGUCCUUCCUGGGUGAUGAUGUCGAUCACCUGUUAGGGCAUCACAGACCCUUUUCUUCUGGGGGUGAGGGUGUGGACAGAGCCCCUGGAGCGCGGGAGGCCAUUGCUGAAAUUGUGCACAUGUGAGCCCGGCACAGCCUCUGCUGCCAGUCCAUAGGCUGCACAGUGUUGUGUAGCAAGGCUCUGAGGAUGGAGACCCAGGCUCUCCCUGCCGCCCUCCGCCCCUCGCCCUCUCCCAGCCUCCUUGGAGACUGCAUGCCCACUUGCUCCUCGGAACGGGGCCAAGGGGGUGGCAUUCAGAACCCCUGCAUGAUGCUAAUCCCGUGGGAAUCGAGGCGACUGGGCCAAUCAGGGAUGCAUGAUUUUAAGCACACACUGUCUUCAUGCACUGUUUCUGCAUGUUACUACCUCAGUGUUCCAGUGGAGGCCUGGCUUUUACCACGUCAAAACAGUUCACCUCCAUCUGGCGCUUUGAAACGCUCCUCCUUGCUCAGCGUGAGCAGUGAUGUAUUUGAGCUACUUUUGUUUUCAAAGUGUAUGUGCAGAAGAAAACCACCUGGGCUUGUGACAGAGAAGACAGCUGUCUUUGGGACUCCCUGGGGUCCCCUCCAGCCCUUCUGCUUCCCCUGGAGGGAAAGGACACUGUGUCGUUGCCAAGUGGGGAACGUGAGUGCUUUUACCAGGGGUGUUCUUUCCCCAGGUGCCCACCUCCCCUGCAAGUACACUGGUAUUCGAGAAUUAAAGAGAUGAUCCUACUGCUAGGAUUUAACCUUGAGAUGGAAGGUCGUGACAGUUGCAUUCACGAUGCCUCUACUCCAUGUACCUCCGGCAGGAGCAACAUCCCCAGGGACUUUUCAAACACUCCACGCCGCAAGGUGCCUGCUCCCCAAGCCAGAUUUUAAGAAGCGGCAUAAUGGCAGGCAUGUAUUUCUUCUGUACUUUUUUAUUUAUGUGGCCAACUGUCUGUCUUCUGUUUUGUGUCUUUUUUAAAUUGUGGGAUUCAAUUGUGAAAUGCCAUGCAAAUAAAUUAUGCAAUGUUGUU